UGCAGCCUGCGGUUGAGUGACGCCUUUCUUUCUUCACCUUCCAGCCUGUCUCUUUUUCGACCAGAAAUCGUAUUCAGCACCACGGAGAGCUCCCAACGACUGAAUAGAUAAACGCCCUGCUGCUCUUUCCUUCCUAGAAUUUCACCUUCUCCAAAUCCUUUUCUACUGGCUCCUUUGAUCGCCUCCGAUAGUUCUGACCAGAGGUUAUUAACUAUUUAAACACCUCUCCCGCAAAAAAAAAUUGAUGAUCGGAAGCCCCGUCCGGAGCAGCGUUGGAGGUCUGCAGCGGACAUGGGUUCAAUGCUGUAUCUGUGCCUACUAACUAUCGCAACAAGAAGCCACAGUGCAGAGGUUGAGGAGAGGCUAAUGAAUUACCUCCUGGAUCCAGAAAGGUACAAUAAACUGAUCCGACCAGCUGUCAACAACUCUGAGCUGGUCUCUAUUGUCUUUCAGGUCUCACUGGCACAGCUCAUCAAUGUGGAGAAACACGGUGGAGAGAUCCAGGGCUUAGAAUCUCGAGAAUUUCAGGCAUUGCGGCUGAUGAAUGAACGUGAACAGAUCAUGACAACAAACGUCUGGUUAAAACAGGAGUGGAAUGACUACCGCCUACGAUGGGACCCGGAACAGUUUGAAGGUAUUCGGAAACUACGGAUUAACGCCAAGCAGCUUUGGCUCCCAGACAUCGUAUUAUACAACAAUGCUGACGGGACCUAUGAAGUUUCUGUGUACACUAACGCCAUUAUUUCCUAUAAUGGAAGCAUCUACUGGCUACCACCUGCCAUCUACAAGAGUGCCUGCAAGAUCGAAGUGAAACAUUUCCCCUUCGACCAGCAGAACUGCUCCAUGAAGUUCAGGUCCUGGACCUAUGACCACACUGAAAUUAACCUGAUCCCCAAAACUGAUGGUGCAAGCAUGGAUGACUUCACUCCCAGCGGUGAGUGGGACAUAUUGACACUCCCAGGGAGGCGAAACACAAAUCCACUGGACCCAACCUAUGUUGAUGUGACAUAUGACUUCAUCAUUAAAAGGAAGCCCCUCUUCUACACCAUCAACCUCAUCAUCCCAUGUAUUCUCAUAACCUCACUAGCCAUUCUGGUGUUUUACCUUCCAUCAGACUGUGGCGAGAAGAUGACUCUAUGUAUCUCUGUUCUACUCGCACUGACUGUGUUCCUCCUGUUGAUUUCCAAAAUUGUCCCACCAACCUCCUUGGAUGUUCCAUUGAUUGGGAAGUAUCUGAUGUUCACCAUGGUGCUAGUGACAUUUUCUAUAGUGACCAGUGUCUGUGUGCUCAACAUUCACCAUCGCUCUCCUAGCACGCACACCAUGCCCCAGUGGGUGAAGAACAUUUUUUUGAAUAGGUUGCCUUCUCUCCUGUUCAUAAAGAGACCUCAAAACAAUUGGACUAAGCAAAAAUUACACCAACCCAGGAAAAGCAAUCUCUGCAAUGCCCAUGCAAGUCCAGAAGAGAGCAACAAGAACUUUUCUUUCUUUAUAAAUCCCACCUCCACCAAAGUUUAUGACUUCAACUUUAUGGAAGCAGCUGAUUCCUGCCAACAAGACCUAAGGCUGAGAACAUCCACAAAGCUCCCACCUGAAUUGCAGGAUGCUCUCGAUGGGGUGAAAUUCAUUGCGGAUCACUUGAAGAAUGAUGAUGAAAAUCAAAACGUGACUGAAGAUUGGAAAUAUGUCGCCAUGGUGGUGGAUCGCUUGUUCCUCUGGAUUUUUAUUGUACUUUGCAUUAUGGGAACAGUUGGUUUGUUUCUCCAGCCAUUUUGUCAGUCGCAGAAACAUUGAGCUUUGUUGGAUCUCUGCUGUGUAUUGUGCAUGGAACUUUUUAAACAAUGACUGUUUGCACAAGGAAGGUGAACCAUCCCAAAGUAAUGAAUAUGCUUCAAACGCUCUCCCUUUACCUGCAAAGUGUCUGUACUAUAUUAAGAUGCAUUAUUAUAUCAAUUGUGGCAUAACUUUUCCUCAGUAUCAACUUUUAAU